AUGCCGCCACGAAGGAAAUCGCGACGAACAGCAGGACCGUCAGAUGAUACCGUCAACGUCCAAUUUGUUCCUGACCCGGUCGAAAUCCCCCCCUCCCAAGCGGCCGUUGAGGCGUCUGCAUCUGGUGUGGGAUCGGAGGGCCUUUCUGAUGCAAUGGUUUCGUCUAUUGUAGCUGCAGUGAAAACGGCGAUACAGUCGACCAACGAGGCCCAGAAUUCUUCCCGUUCAAUCAAUCUGGUCACCGACGCAGUGCAACGCGAUGUGCAGUCCCUUACCAAUACUCCAGUUGGGGCCGUUGAGUCGUCAGGUAGCGAGAUAUUACCCAGUGCGCCUUUAUUUUCUAGUAUAGGUGUACCCUUAGGUAGCCGCUUGAGUGCACGCCUAAAGAAUAAGAUCUGGGCGGAGGAAUUCGUCAACUUUGGCUCUCUUCUAGAUAUGUCCCCUAAUCCGGAUAAGUUCGCAUUAUCUAUCACCGCUCCCACCGCCGGAAUUGGGUCUAAAACCCCUAAUUUUACAUUCGAACCGGUACACAAUGCGAAGAAAUUGACGUCUAUUCACGAGUGGGUGUCGGCCUUCCACUCUUUUGUUGCAGUCUACUGCGAAAAAUUCCCCAGAGAGACGCCAAAUUUGAUGCAAUUUUGCGAAACAGUGCGCGACAUCGCCACACGUGGGGGACUGGAACUAUUACGAUGA